AUGAAAACUCUGAGGAAAACUCUAACCCGAGGUUCUGACAUCACACCUGACCAUCACUUAUCAUGGGAUAGUGGAAGUGAAAACGAAACCCAGAAUGAUAUUUUGGAUUAUGAUUUACAAAAAACCAAUACAGAUAAAAUAGACAGUUCACUGGCUGAUAGGCUGGCUAUCUGGGGAGUAAAGUAUAAUAUUCCUAAUGUGGUAACAAAUGACUUGCUUAAAAUUAUUAAAGAUUCGGACGAACUUUCCGAUCCAUAUGCCACCGAUGAAGAAAGUGAUUACAUACCUGAAAGUGAUACUCCGAAUGAUGAUGUAGAUGGACCUGAUAGUGAUAAGUCCAGUGAUGAUGUGGAUGGACCUAAUGAUGCUGCUCCAGAAAUAAAAUUGAAAACCAGAAAAAGGAAGCGCAAUGAAACUGCCUGGAAAAUCAACCAAAAGAAGCUGCUGAGAAAUUUAGGAAAAGCAUACAUUGGCCGUAAGAAUGAGCCACAUACCCAGCGUAGUGUUAAGCCUUAUGAACAUACUUGCAGAUACAAGUGUAGCCAAAGUAUUUCCGCAGAAGAAAGGAGAGAAAUAUUUCAAAGGUUUUAUGCUUUGGCCAACUACGAUCUUCAAAAUUCUUUUGUUUCUUCUUGCAUAAAGAAAAAAGGCGUUCAGAGAAAGAGAAAUAACGCUACUACUAACAAACAGUUUAGUACAGAAAUAUUUCUUCUUAAUAAGCGAGUCUAUCAAGGAGGCACAAAUAAAGUCCAUCAUAAAAAAGCAGAGAAGGCACUGGCCACUAAAAAGUCAGAUGUUCUAGAUAAUAAAGAUUCUGCUGAUACAUGUGUGAUAUGCUUUGAUCUUCAGCAAGCUCUACCUACCCCACUCAUUACAACAUCGAAAGUAUUUUACCUCAGGCAACUAUGGACCUAUAAUUUCUGCAUUCAUAAUCUGGUAACCGGCAAAUCGCACAUGUAUAUAUGGAACGAGACAGUUGCAUCCAGAGGAUCACAAGAAAUUGGCUCAUGUUUGAUUCAUUUCAUUAAUGAAGUUUUACCUGAUAAUAUCACUAGGAUAAUAGCUUAUAGUGAUUCCUGCGGUGGGCAAAAUAAAAAUAAAAAUAUAGCAAAACUAUUUAUGUUCCUAUUAAAAUCUACAAAAAUUCAAGAAAUUCAUCACAAAUUUUUGGAGCCAGGUCACACGUUUAUGGAGUGUGACCAGGAUUUUGGUAUUAUUGAGAAAGUUAAACGGAAAAUUCCGCAAAUUUUUAUCCCAGAACACUGGAGGACCGUGAUUCAAGAAUCCUCUAAGAAGUUUACUGUCCAUGAGAUGAAAAGGGAAAACUUUUAUAGUUUCGCUCAAUUGAACCAGAUCAUAAGUGACCCUAAAAAAAAUACUGAUAACCAUGUUAUCAAAUGGAGGGAAAUUCAGUACUUCUUUUAUUCAAAAGCAGCACAGUCAUUUUCGUUUCAGCAUAAACCAACAUUGGAUAAAAUAAUGCCUUUUUAUACAUGCAUGUGCCCCUACAAAACAACAGGAAGGCCAAGUUUAAGCUUUCAAAAUGCAUUUUCCGUGCUGAACGAAUGUGGUUUAAAAAUAAAAGAAGCGAAAUGGAAGAACUUACAAUCCUUACUUGAUUUUAUUCCCCCAAUAUACCACGAGUUUUAUAACAAUAUUCAAUAUGAAGGAAAAGGCAACGCUAAAAAUUUAGGAAAAAAAAGUAGUUCAACUAGUAAGCAGGCUAUUGGAAAAGGUAAAAAUAAAAAAUCAGCAAAGAAACCAAAAGUACAGUCACCAGAGGAAACUGAAGAAGAAGAGGAUGACGAUGUUCCCGAAGAUGGCGACUUUUUAUAUUCAGAUGAUGAAUAG